UGCUGCCCGGUCGCCGCGCCGCGCAUCGCCUUUGCCGCCGUGCGUUCGAUAUUGUACACAUAUCAAAUUUCACACCGAAAAUUUGAUAUCGUCGUCGAAAUUGUGAAGUGAUUGAAAGUUCGCGAGUUGACCGGUAAAUUCAAAGUUCUACUACUCGUUCUUUUUUUUUUGUUUUGUGCUUCGUUUUUUUUUGCACUGUGUCAAGUGAUUUUUUAAAGGUUCCCGUUUUAGUAACAAAAAUGUAGAUAGAAAAACGUAGGUAACGUCUGCUUUUAUAAAAAGUACGAUGUCUAUUGACCAGGCGUCACCGCUGGUGCCCAUCAAGCCUCAGAUCUCGCUGCAAAAUAGCGCCUUCAUCAAGAACAGUCAUAAUAGAAGCAGCUUCUGCGGAGCUACGCCAUCGCCGACGAAUGGCAAUAGAACAUUCAAAACUUUUUCCGUGAACCGCAAGAGUUGGAGUGGAAAUGUAACCCUUCCACUUCAACAGUUCGCACUGGAUGAACCGGCGCCUCAUCUUGGAACGUUUCGCUCCGGGACAGGAACUUUCCCCAGGAACAGGGAACGUAACAACAACAGUGCUUCCAACGGAAUAUUAACACCUAACGGGAACUCUGUGCAGACGCUCAAAGGAAAUGAAGUGAGGAGAAGCGGAUGUUCUAACGGCCGUCGCUACGCUGAGAUCGGAAACUGGAGCAAAAGAAAUGCUACGUUCCUGGAACCUCAUAUCCAAGGGGUGAGACGUCGGGACAGCCGGAGUUCUGAUUCCGAUCGCGAUGAGCGAUCAACUGAGGAUGACGAACGAUGUCUCAUUCGAAGCUCUCCGAGAACAAGGUUACCCCCUCCGCCUCCCCCGCCGCCAGACGAUGAACAUCCACCGAUGAAGCCUCGAGAAUUCUUCGAAAGACUGCAAAGCCAAGCGAUGAGAGAGGCCCAAGACAGAAAACAGAAGAGGGAACUUAAAGAAUCUAAUCACCUGUUCAGAUCUUUGGACGCUGAUGGCAGUUUAGGCGACAGCCUUAGCCAGAGUCGAGAGAGCCUAUCAUCAGACGGUGAAGGUGCCAAAGGUGAUUGCUCAUCCGUGGGAUCCUCAGGAUCGGAAUCUGAGGAACAGCCACCAUGCGACAUUGGCGUACUGGAACGACUGAUCCGGACGCACCCUGUGUGGUUCCUUCCUGGAAUCCAGAGAGCUGGAGCAUUCCAUUUAUUACAAGGAAAGGAGGAAGGGAACUUUGUGGUGCGCCAAUCGAGCCAGCCCGAUACGAUGGCGAUCAGCGUCCGCCUGCCGGCAGAUAAAGGGCCGUACAUCGAGCACUAUCUGAUACAAGCGUCGAGCGGACGCAUCGGGCUAGAGACGUCGCACAACCGCUUUGAUAAUAUACCUGAGUUGAUUGCACAUUAUUCUCAAUGCUGUGACGAGUUACCAGUGCAGCUUCAGUUACCGAAGCCUCUACGUGAAGCAAAAAGUCGUCACCAACUCAGUUCGCUUGCUCUACUCGGCCAAGAGUUUUGGGGAUACCCCAUGGCAAACCCGAAGAACAACCCGAACAAUUUACUCUCACCGUGCCAACUGGCCAAUGGAGUUAUUCCUAUGGCCGUUACGCCGUCUGACACUGGAUCUAGUCUUAGCAGUUUUAAUGCCAGUACAACGGCGAUUUCACGAGAACACAUCCUAAGUCCGGACAAGGAUCAGAAUGUUGUCCUCAAAAUGUCCCCUGUAGAUACAUCUGGCUCCCCACCGAAUCAAAGCCAGAGCCUCAGUACAUUCAAAGGCAGAACUGCACCAUCACCGCCAGCGAAACCAACCGGAUCAUUUAUAAGAGCACCACGACCUACCCCACCGAACACAUUAAACUUGAUGUCAAGUACUGCGCAUAUAACACAUCCACAUACAUUUCCAACCUGUAACAAUCUACACUCACCAACUCAUUCUAGUAAUGUUAAAACAACUCCACCUCCCCCACCACCGAGAUGGGCAAAACCACCGUUCCCUAAAAUAUCUUUAUCUCCCCAAUCCGAAGCCCUUUGUUUUAGUCCAAUUAACAAAGCUACAAAUGGAAACAUAACCGUAACAACAACGGUAACAUUCAGCGUUAACAACACACAAAUACACAAUCAUCAAAUCAAUGAAAGCAUACAAAGUGACCGGCUACAACUAACGCUUGCGUCUAACGCCAUCAAUAAUAACAAUUCCGAGGCUGGGUUCAGCAUAAUGGAUGCAUCGAAAACAGAUUCUAAUGGAGAUUUGCAGAAUAUGAUGCACCGUCUGACACCAGAAGGAGAGUGUAUUAGUACAAUGACAGCUAGCUUACACGGGAGCUUCAAAAGACAAAUUGCUGAACAGAAUGGCGUUGACGUGGGAUCACCUUUAGAACCUCAGUCUCAGACGAACACAUCCGAUUCAGUCGACCCGAUAGCAAAUUCUUUGACUAAGUCAAGCAACGCUUUCGCUUCUAACCAAUUAGUGUCUCCAAAUGGGACGAACUCUGUUACCAGUGGCAUAUUCUCACCGACAAGUCAAAUAAACUCACCAGUGUCUAACGAUACUAUUUCUUCAAAGAGUGGAGUUUUUUCACCCAUAAGUCAAACUAAUAAAAGUGAGGUAUUUUCUCCUAUAUCUCGAAGUUCACCUAUUUGUAAUAAAAAUGUAUUUUCUCCCACUUCUAAUCAUUCUAUUGUGUCUCCUAUGACUUGUAAAGAUAAAGUGUUGUCACCUAAUACUAAUACAACGAGUACAACACCUUCUGGUCGAUCAAGGAGGAGUAAGCACUCUCUACGGAAGGAAUCCAGACACUAUCAGGAAUCAGAUAUCCUUGAAUCACCAGGUGUAUAUUAUAGAAGUUCUUUGGUGGAUAAAGUAAGCGACUAUGAAGACAUAUGGGGACCAGAGAGUAAUAAUUGCUCAACGUUUAAACCUCUUAAGUCUGAGAAUGACAAUAAUGUUAAUAAUGGUAUGAUGAAGAGUAAAAGGCCGGAUCUACUUCCAGAUACACUGCCUAAAUUGAACGCAGCAAGGAGCACACAAUCUAUCUUAGAAAAAGAAAAUAUGAUAAUACUCAACUCAACUGAAAGUCUGAAUGAUAAGAAAAAUCUCUCCGACAAUUCCCUCAAGAAAAGUUUUAACGGCUCCAGCGAAAUUAUAGCAACGACAAACAGCAAAGGCGAAAUUGUACCAAAAAGGCCAGACAAACUUAACAUUGCUAUGAAUAUGAAUAAGAAAUUGACUGAAGAAAUAGAAGCUGCCUUAAAGUUAAGAGAGAACCAUAAUAACAUUGAAAGUAUGGAAACUGUUAAAUUAGAAGAUGACUGCACGAAAGGUGAAGACUCGGAAAAGGAGCAUGCUGGCAGUCCUUUUUAUGCCGAUCCAGUCGAUGCAAUAAAAGAAGCCGCUAUACCACCGGUACAACGACGAAAGCUCUUAAGAACUGGUGUGGUGAAUCUCUCACAACGAUAUUCAGAACCACCAACUCAGAAUCAUCCUUACUACCCACUUCGGGACAUGCACAGUAUUGAAGAACUAUCACCAUCAUCCCCAAACACGUCAACAUCAGUCGACAACCUGGUGUCGCUAAGAAGCAAGCCAAAAAUGAAACCAGUGGAACCACCGAGGGUUGCAGCUAAACCACCUACUGGUAAAAACGAGCAGACCUGGGCUGUGGACUCUAGUUGGCAGUUUAUAAACAAAAAUGACGAUUGCUCAAACGGUGAAAACGGCACAUUCCCUUCACUUGCAGAGCAAGAAAGUCGACUGAGCGGCGUUGAUGAUAGCGUACACCAUUUCACUGUUCACCAGGUUGUUGCACAAAGGUUUCCAGAUUUACGUCUUAAUGCUGAGCCUGUGGCGCUUCCGGAAGAAACACGUUCUCCUCCACGAGCGUCAUGUUACGACAAUGUACAUGAUCUCAGACCACUAUCUGAACAGGCUAGCGAUGAUGGCACAGUAUUCUCAGAACCAUGGGACAGCACACAAUGGGACGGCCUCAUACCACCUUCAAACAACCAGCCUUGUUACGAAACCGAUGAACCCUGCGAAUGGGAGUCUCCUAUCCCACGGCGAGGAAACGGGACAAUGCGGGCAAAAAGUUUCAGGGAUAGACUUGAUCCUUUACUAGCAGCGGGCCGCGUGCGCGCUUUACGCGGAGGGAGAACGUCACGCGGUGCCGGCGCUGCCUUGCGAGCUUACGCCUUACAUCUAGCACAGGACAAGAGCACGACCUUCGCGCAAAACGUUGACAACUUUAUAGCCUGCACGCUAGAUUCUAAGGAAACAUGCCCUCAGGUCAUGAUGAGAAACAUGAGACAGUUCAUGUCGGGAAUGAAGAACUAUCUCGUGAAACAUGGCGAGCGGGAGUUUGAAAAGGAAGUAGAGAAAGAGAGACUCAAGCUUAAACCUACGGAAUUCCUGAACAUAGACGCGAUAUUAGAAGGUGUCAUGCACAGGCUGGUGGUCAGGCCGCUACGCUCAAAGCUCUACACGCUACUGGCUUCGUGGCAUUCGGCUGACGUCCGGCAACUGCAUGCGGCGAUCGAACGAGCGCAACAUGCUACACCUUUACAAUUAGGAAUUAAGGAAUCAACAAAAGUACCAUCCUCGGCGGUAUUAGCUGUGAUCUCAAAACAUUUCCUCAAGAUGCAGGAGGCAGAUUCUCCGUUGGAUAAGCUUGAAAAUCUUCUCGCUGCUAUAUCAGUUAUGUUCAAUGCGAUUCGUGGCGAACGUACUCUAGGAGCCGACGAUCUUCUCCCAGUGCUGGCGUGGACAGUGGCCAGGUGUCGACUGGUGUGCGCGGAGCUUGAGGCGGAACUAAUGGCAGGGCUGCUACCAGCGGCCUUGCUGGCUGGCGAAGGAGGAUAUUACUUGACAGCGCUCUUCUCUGCUGUUGCAGUUUUGAAGAGAUUAGCUCCAGAUCCUGGACCUGAUAGUUCUACACCUUGGCGACGUGGCUCAGCGGAAUCAAACCGCGAAGGGUGCGGGGUGGCAGUCGUCCGAGUAGCGCUUCCGGACGAGUGUCGCGGCUCCAUCCGCCGGGUGGCGCUGCCGUGCCGGCCCGGCGCCCGCGCAAGGGACCUCUGCAGAGCGCUCGCGCACGCCGCGGCCAUCACCAACCCACAGGACUACGCUCUGUUUGCACUUCAUGACGGACAAGAGACAAUGCUGAACGAGAACGACUGUCCACAAGAAGUGAUGUCAGAGAAAAGUGGCCAGAAUUUCAUAUUGGCGUACAAGAGGAUAGAUGCCAAAAUCGCGUGGCCACAACAGGCUCUAUUAUCUUACCCUUAAUGGACUUAGAAAUCUCGUGUUAUUGAAUGGACGGUUUUAAGAUUGAAUGCGUUUAACAAAAUAUUUUUUGUACGUACGAUCCUUACAAGCUCAUCAUAAUAAUCAACAAAUUAUAGUGGACUCAAAAUAUAGCUAUAUUUUUGUCAUCUAAACAAUAAAGUGAUAUUUUCUACGAUAUUACCCAAUGUGUAAGGUACCGUUAUAUUAGUCUGUAUAAGUGCGACUAGGCAGUAUUUUUGAAGCCUUGCUAUUUGCUAAUAACGAUUGCUAAGAACGUUAGACGUGAUAACGAAACGCCGAACGACUACAUACACUUUGCAAAUAAACAAUGUUAAUGUUAGCUAUCUAUGAGUUCAUUUAAUAAUCCGUAAUAUUAGUUGAUCUCACUCACAUCGAGUAAGGUAAGUAUGCACGAGCUGAAGAGUAAGUGAGACAAACUUAUAAUGCAAAUUUUGUACUUGUAUGUAUCAGAAGUGGGAUGCAUGCAAGUUAAUGCUAAGUAGUUGUUCGACGCUUUCAAAAUCUUGGACUAAUAUGGUGUUACAGGAAUAUGAAGCUAGUAAAUUGACACUGAAUCUCAAUAGAAAAAUCUUUUAGAUACAUUUAAAUUAAACUUAGAUUUUCAACUUUUAUUGUAAUUCUAAUUGGAAGCUUCCUGACACUU